CAUCUCUAUCUUGAAAUCGUUGCUUUAAGUGUAUAUUUCUUCGCAAUAGAACUUGUUCUAAUUGGCCAGGAUGGAUCAGAGGUUGAAGGUAGUUGCUGAAACAGGAGACAUCAAUGCCUUGUAUUCGUUGUUUCGACAAUGUAAAGAUAUCAAAGCCUUGUAUUCAUCUCAAAAGUCCUCACAAGCAGUCGACGACGACGGCAACGAACGAUUUCGACUUGCUGAUACUCCUCUACACAUAGCUGCAUCAAUGGGGCAUACGCAUUUCGCAGUUGAAAUGAUUAGGUUGAUGCCAUCAUUUGGUCGGAAGCUAAAUCCAGAUGGCUUCAGCCCUUUGCAUCUAGCACUGCGAAAUGGGCAUGCCGAGACUGUGAUGAGGCUCAUAAAUAUUGACAGCGACCUCAUCCGUGUCCAAGGCAAGGAGGGAAUCACUCCUUUGCAUUAUGUUGCCGAAAAAAACGAUUUCAGUCUUUUGGCUGAAUUUCUAUGCGCUUGUCCAGCAUCCGUUCAAGAUUUGACUGUCCGAGGCGAGACCGCCGUGCAUGUUGCGGUCAGAAACUGCAGUUACGACGCUUUUAAAGUCCUUUUCAAAUGGGCUGAUAAGACCGAUAAUGAAGUGGUGCUAAAAUGGAAGGACGAGGAUGGCAAUACAGCGUUGCACGUUGCAGCGUACACUAACCAACGUGAGGUUGUGAAAUUGUUGCUCAAAACUGUGGGUAGAGGAGUAAUUGAGAAGAAUAUGCUUGGUUUGACGGCUCAUGAUUUAACUAGCGAUGGAGAGAUCAGGAAAAUGUUAGCUUCAAGGUCAUGUACUAAUAGUGCAUGCAUUCCUUAUUCUACUGAUCUGGCAGACUUUAUAAAAACCGAAGGACUCCCUAAUUUAUGUAAUAUUAAAAGAUUGAAGUCUAACGAUCUUCGAAACACUGUACUAGUGGUAGCUACUCUUGUUGCAACAGCCACCUACCAAGUUUCAGGGACACCCCCCACUGGAAUAUUCAAGGACGACGACGGUGGCAAGAACUUAACAGUGUCUGAAUUUUAUUACUAUACUCUUUUGUUUAUUAACUCCACAGCAUUUGCAGCCUCAGUUGAGCUUAUUUUUCUCACCAUCGAAAUUGGCCUACACUUUUUGGUGCUCCGAAUAUCCCUUUUUUGCCUCGUCUUCAGCUAUAUACUCAAUGUGCUCUCCACAACACCGAAAACUCCGGCUGCUUAUGUUACAGUCCUGUUACCAUUCCUUUCAUAUCUUGUGAGCACAUAUUUUUACUGUCGUGAGCGAAUCAUCUUCUUCAAGAUGCCCAUUGGCAGGUACAACCCUUUUCACUACUUCCAGCUGCGAGACAAAUUAUUGGUGGCUGGGAUGCCAUAUACUCAGUCGGAUGAUUUAGCUUCUGCCUAAAUUUUUAUUUUCAUUCCGGUUAAUUAAUUAAUUGUUGUAAUUUUUUCCUUUUACUGGCUUGUUUUGUUUGAGAGUGGGUGUCAAUUGUUGUAAUUCGAUCUCACUGUAGCCUUUGUCGGGGAAGAUUCCAACUCUCCAACUUUUACUUUAGAAGCAGAGGAGAUGGAAAAGCCUUGGUGGUGUGUUUAUGUAAUUGUUAAUUUGCUAUUAAACAAUUUGCUCGUGUGCUUGGUA